GUUGUCGUGUACCUACACUCUUUUGACUCGAGUAAAUGCAGACAAUUUGAAAACAUGAUUCAAUUAGAUGUUCGGGUGUCUCACUCAUGGGUUGUUCUCGUUCUCGGAUUGGUGUGGUAUGCAUACAGGAAGAUAAGACAGAAGGAUCGUUUCCAGACAACACUACCCACUGCACCUCCAAACAAGAACGCAACCUUAUCGGAAGAUGUAUACACCCAAAUCGAGCCUCUACCCAACUUCAAUCCCGAAACAACAGAACCUAUCAAAAUUCGACCAUUUAAGCCCAAAUAUCACCUGACGAUGGCCCUCGAAAACACCACGCUCUCAGACCUCGUCGUAAUAGACAGCACCUAUCACUCCCGCAUCUCUCUCCGCCGCCAACUCAUCCGCGACCGACCUUCCGACGUACUGGCCGCAAAUCCUAUCAUCACGCCAGCGGUCACCGAGUUUUACGAAUGGAUCAUGGGCACGUACCUCCCUCGGCGAUUCCCCACGAUGUUCAAGCUCACUCUCUCGCCGGAAUCAAUCAAACCAUCCGGGCUACAGAACCUUGCGACUGAUGAAAUCAUACCCUUGACCCAGUCUUCAGCCGAGCAGGCUCUCAAACUCAUCGGCUCCCACAUUGAUGACGACUUCCUGUUCCUCCUCCCCACGGCGACCGGUGCCGACUCCGGGAAAUAUAAACUCGAAGGCUUCAUAACCUGUUUCCCAUCUGGAUUCAACACAGCCAAAAAACUCAACAUGAAACUCGCAGACAUCCACAGUCCCGUCCCGGGCUACGGCGACAAGUUAGAGAAAAGCAUGGAUCGUUUUUUUGCGGGUUUACCAAUUGGAAAGAUUGUGAAGAGGGUAAAUUGGAGUAUUACGACGACAAGGGAGUUGCAUGUUCUGGAGGGUACGCAUCUGACGCAGGAGCAGUUGGCUGAACGCCAACGCCAACGUGAGAAUGAGGAAGCUGGCGAGGGGGACGAAGUCAAUAUCGCAAACACGGUGCUGCGAUGCGAGCGCCAAACGCUGCAUCGUUUGCCGCGGACUAAGGCGUUGGUAUUUGCGUUCAAGACGUAUCAGUAUGGGAUGCAGGAGUUGAAAGAUGAAGGGUGUGGGGAGGAGUUGGCAAGCGCUAUUGAUGGUUUGGGUCUGGGGAGUGUGCCGGGUAUGACGGUUUAUAAGAGGCAGGUUGUUUGGGGGGAGAAGGUUAAGGCGUUUUUAAGAGCGUGA